CCUCAUCCUCGAUCUCACUCUCCCAAACUCUCAUCACAUUCAUUGAUCCAUCUCCUCUCAUCUCUCCUCAUUCUUCCCAGCUAUGCAGGGCCAACGCCCACUUCCAAUACCUGCUCGCUCGUCCUCAAGAGACAAUCCAGCCAUGGCUGCACCACCCGCCACCCGAGCUGCCCCUUCCCCUGCCCUCUCCCAUUCAGCAUCCUUAGCUGCACCUGCGAUCGUGCCCGAAGCCAGCGACGACGCAAGAAGCACAUCAUACUCGCGCUCGGACACGGCUUCCAUCGCUGGCACUUCAGUAUCAAGCAGAAUGCCGUUUCCCCCCGAAGACGUGCCGCCAGUCCAGGCAUACGCCGCGGCGUCCGUGCCCGCCGAGCCCCUGCCCGACUCGCUCCUAUGCCGGUCUACCUUUACCGCGCUCGAGCAUUCGGCAGGCACGCUCAAGCGCUUGGCCAAGCAUGUGCUGGACCGUAGCAGUGAGGUGCUGAGCUUGCUCGAGCAGGUGGAGAAGGCGGAGGACGAGAUGCUUGCGACUCUGGGCACGUUGGGGCGCUGGCUCGAGGGCGGCUACGGGGUGAAGGGAGAAGUCUGGGAGGACACAGUGGGGAUGCGCAAAGUGGCGCGGGAGAAGCGCCGGCGCGAACGGGAAGAGCUCGAAGUCAUGGUCGUACAUUCCCUUGAGGCCGUCAAAGGCGAGAUCAAGCGGCAAGGUCUCGCUGGGAACGGCGCACAGGCGCGUUUCGAGAACACGGCCAAGCAAUACUAUGGUGCCACGGCCGCAUAUCUCAACGGCGAGCGUGACGCGACUGGAGGAGAACAAGCACAGGCUGCACGGCAAGCACAGUUCGACCUAAUGCGGUACAACCACCACUCGACGCUGCUGUAUGCUGUGCCGCCCAGUUCCGUCGGGUGUCUCGACCUCCUCGUGGGGUUGUACGGCUGGGUAGGGGCUGUGCUGAGCCAAUCACCUGGCAAGCGCGCCGACACACACCCUCCAUUGCUCGAGGAAGAUUUUGCGCGGCGCGCCGCCAACGCGACCAGCGGCGCCGAGACGCCCACACAACGCGGGCGCGCGCUUGCGGUUAGCGAAACACCCGUUCGGUUGCUUUUACGCGAUGACGAUAGCGUGCGCGGAUCGCACGAAGCGCUAUCACGCACAUUAUCGCUCUCGCUUGCACACCUCGUCAACGUCCGCGGCGAUCUGCUGCGCGGCUGGGCCGCGCGCGAAGAGCAAACGACGUUGCUUGAGGAGUCGGCGAGGCGCUUGCAGGGCGUGGCUAAUGCCGCCCCAGUUCCGCAGCACCACCUGGCGCCUUCCUCCAGCUUCCCCGACCCACCUACCACGCCAGUGACGCCGACAGCCCGCGACAAGCCCAAGAAGCGGAUCGGUGGCAAGAUUCGCGGGCUGUUCUCGUCGGCAUCGACGGUGACGAUGCCAUCUUUGGCCGAGCGAGCGCCGCCCGUCUCAUCGUCCAACCUCGCGCAGAUCGCCUCCAGAAAAAGCGUGGACCUUUCUAAGAUUGCAGACGCUGGGAUAUCGCACAUCAGCGAUCCUCGUUUGAUCUCUACGACCUCGUCGCAAGCCACGUCGUCGGCGCGGGCCGCAGAACAAGCGAGCAUCCGCGACACGGCAUCGGCCUUCCCCAUGCCGCCCCCUCGACCCGCUAGAGCUGACGGACGUCAGUCAGUUGACGCGCGCCGCUCCUUCCCCAUUCCUCCUGGACGGGGACCGUUCGUCGCCGUUGACGAGGCGAUGCCGACACCAUCCACCCCAUCAAGUAGAUCCAAGGUGUUGGCUGACACAGCCGCCAAGUUGAAUGGCGUGCAGGUUGGCGGCGUCGGCGGACUCGACGGCACCGAAGACGAACAGCGCGAGCUGGUAGGGCGGAAAAAGGAGGGUGUGUUGUGGGGGACUGGCUCGUGGGAGGCGCUGGACCGUGAUCCAGGACGGUCCAAGUGGGAGCGCUUCUGGGUUGUCUUGGCCAACUCGAGCUUGUACGAGCAUCGUGAUGCGACGCCUGGCAAACCCGAGGCAUCUGCGACUAUCAUCGAUCUGAAGUUCGCGAGCGUGCGCGAGGGACGUGGGACGGACCGUCGUUUCGUGUUCGAGGUGGUGACGCCGUCCCACGGACGCAGGAUGUACCAGGCGACGUCUGAGGCUGAGAUGCGCACGUGGAUCUACACGCUCUGCAACGCGAUCGAGUCGUGCAUCAACGGAACGUCGACGAUGCGCUCUUCUGAUCGUCGCGCCAUGGAGGAGAGCGGAGGCGGGAGUGUAAGCGUCGGGAAUGUUGGCGCGGGCAUCGGAGCGACCAGCACGAAGGACCGGCGCAAGAGCUCGGGGUCGAAGAAGAAGGCAGCCCGGCAAAGUCUUGGCGCGACGGCGAUGGCGCCGCCGCCUCCGCCAGUUGAGGAACCGCGCAAGCGGCGCACGAGUUUCAAGAGUCGACUGAAGCAGGGCGCUGAGGCAGCGGGCGACAGACUGUCGACAGUGGUCGGUUCGAAGAGAUCGUCCGUCGACCUUGAGCGCCCGGCCUUCCUAGCGCAGGGGGGGCGAAUGCCGAGUUACAACACAAGCAGCGUCAACUCGACCUCGCGCAGAACGAGCUGGUACGAGGAUGACGAGAUUGAGCGGCGCGUCCUGGAGAUGGCGGGAGUGGACGCGGCUUCGCAGAGAUCGCGCUCGCGUAGACCUGGCACCGCACCGUCGGGCAGUAGAGCACGCUCGGAUGACUCGGCAGGCAGAGGAGGCCGGUUGGCUGUUAUAGAGCCAGGGCGCCGCCCGCCCCCCUCGCCGGCGCUGGAUGUGGCUGAGCCACAGCUGAACAUGGAGUACCUGCGUCAUCUCGCGAGCAUUGGCGCGAACGCGCGCUGCGCGGACUGCGGCCGAACAACCAAGACCAGCCGCUGGGCGACGAUAAGCCUGCGCGAAGUGCCGAUGGUCAUGUUCUUGUGCAUCCGCUGCGUGGGGUUGCACCGUGGACUGGGAACGCACAUCUCGAAGCCGCGUAGUGUGGACCUGGACAACUGGACGCCGGACGCAGUGCAGUUGGCCCAACAGUGGGGCAACGAGCGUGCCAACGGGGUGUGGGAGGCGCUAAAGCCUGUGGGACACAUGCCGGGCGAUGAUGACGUGGCCGAGUACAUCCAGGCGAAAUAUGUUGAGGGGCGGUGGCUGGCGGAUGAGAACCGCGCGCGGUUUGGUCUCGCGCCGAGGCAUUGAGAUGAGGAUGGGUGGAUGGCGGCAUCCUGACAGGACGUCUAACUUAUAAUGUAGUUUAGCAUGCCCACUCGGGCGAUGUUGUGUCAUAGCAUAUGCAUGGGACAUGGGGGUGUUGU